AUGGGAUUCCCCAUAAGCUACCCUGAAGUUUCCGUUUCCAAUCUCUUCCUUCACCUUCUCUCUCUCCUCGCCGUUCUACGAUCCCUAGCCAUCUCCUUCCUCUCUCUCCUCCAUCUCUCCGACCUCCUUAACACCGCUUUCUCCACCGACGUCUUACCGGAAUCACACUCCGACCAUCCCACCCUCUCCGCAACCCUCAUCCGCGAAUUCCUCCCCGUUGUUAAUUUCCGAGACCUCGCCGAAGAUUCGAAAUCGGUGGAGUGCGCGGUGUGUCUGAAUGAAUUUUCCGGAGAUGAAGAGAUCAGGUGUAUGACGAAUUGUAAACAUAUUUUUCACAAGACGUGUGUGGACCGUUGGAUUGAUCAUGAUCAGAAAACGUGUCCGCUUUGUAGGACCCACUUUGUACCUUGUGCUAAAAUAGAAGAUUAUAAUCAACGCUUAUGGGCGGCUUGUCAAUCUGAAUGUGAAGAAUAUGAUGAGGAUGUUGCUCUUUUUGCUCAACAUGAUGAUGAUCACUUGAUUGCUUCACUUUGA